GUGGAAUGCCCGUGAUGUGGUGAAGAUUCUUCAGUGGUAAUUACGCAGAAGCUGCGCCUCGAAGCCAGGUACGGCGAGGCCAUCCCAGCCAAGAGCUAGGUGUGCGUGCUCGCUGUUCCCCACAUGCUUGCAGCGGGCAAGUGGCCCAGGCUCGACCCCCUAACGAUUUUCCCACCCCCCAUUUCCCGCUUCCAAUUGCGCUCCCCCCGUCACCUCACCACCAGUGCUUCGCAUCGCGCUGUGUGUGCAACUCGUCGUCGCCAAUGUCAAUGUAUUCCCUUUGCUGGGAAAUCGCGAACUAGAUCGGCUCCGGAUCUCGAGAGAAUCGAAGAGCGACAGCACCCCGCCGCCAUCCCAUCCUAUCUCUUCAACAAAAGAAGAAAAAAAACUGCUGGACGGACCACCAAGCGCCGCGCGCGACGACUUGCUGGACUUUGCCGAAAUCAAUCGUCGCCAACAAUGAGCCGCCGAUGAACGAACUGCCAACUCUGCUACUGCACAGCACACCCACGUUCGCUACAGUCUCGACCAAUUCCUUCGCAUGUAUCGGACCGACCGUAUGCGCCCACGAUCCUUGAGCAUCACACUCCCUUCAGCCGCUCAUACUACUCGGUGGUUCAACUGAGGAAUCGAACCUCGCUCUGACCUGCCGCGUCUUGACGGCGCUGGCAAUCUCACCUUGCACCACUUUCACGGUCCUCUCGCCUGGAGCUCGCUGUCAACAUGCUGCGACCUGCGACACCGUUGUCGGUGCUUCUCUUCGCGGCAUUCUGUCUACUGCUCCUCUCGUCUUUGUCGGCUCCGAUUAUCAGCGCUAUUCCGCUGGGUCAAUGGAUGGGCGUUGACUUUGGAGUUUUUGGUUUUUGCAAUGGCGGGAGCUGCACCCCUAUAGAGAUCGGCUACGAUGUUCAACAACUCAGCGCCGAUGGCUUUGACAUCCCCGCGGGGACGCGAACUACCCUGACCACUCUUCUCGUCAUCCACCCGGUCGCCGCGCUUCUGACACUGAUCAUGUUCGUCUUGGCUGUGGUUGCCCACUUGCAUAGCCCGGCUCACUCGGGUCGAUACUUGUUAGCCUUGUUCAUCUUUGGCAUCUUCACCUUCCUGGUUUGCCUCUUGAGCUUCCUGGUCGAUGUGCUCCUCUUCGUGCCGCACAUGGCGUGGGGGUCCUACAUCGUUCUGGCUGCUACCGUUUUGGUUGCCAUCAGCGGGCUGGUUUCGUGUGCUAUGCGUAGGACGAUCGUUAGCAGAAAGGCCAGGAAGCAGCGCAUCGCAGAAAAUGCAGAGAUGAGUGGAGAGAACUACUAUAAUCGGCAGUUGCAACAGGCUCCUCCUGUGUCCACUAGCCCUGCACCCCAGCAGCCUACUGUCCCGAUGCUCAGCGGUGCCAACGGAAGACCAGACGCCCUCCCCGAAUUUGCUUCAUUCGAGAAGAAGGAUGAUCGAAGCAGUGAUGAGAGGGUGCCGCUCACCUCGAUGAGCCCGACUGACCGAUCCCCAAACAACAACUACGCGACAGAUGCCUCGACCACUUAUGUCAACGAUACAGGUCCUAAUCCGUCGGACAUCACGGCACAAAGGUCCAUGACCAACACCCCGGGUUCGCGAGGUUAUGCUGAUCCCUCGCCUGGUACUGACGGGUAUCCUAUGAGGGCACCCUCUUACGAACGGAUGAAUUCGAGAGUGAGAGGCGGAGGUCCUCCAGGAGGCUACAGAGGUCGCGGAGGAUACCCGGGGCCCGGCAGGGGUGGUUACAAUGGAUAUGGGCCAUCACCAGGAGGAGGGCGCGGGGGGUAUGGCGGUCCGCAGGGCCGUGGUGGUCACGGCACUCCGCCGAGUGUCAGGGGUGGGUAUGGUCCACCGCCACCACGGGGUGGCGGUGGACGGCCUCUUCCGCCAAGCUAUCGGGGAACUCCCGGGCCUUACGACAGAAGACCAUCACCAGCAGGUCCAUACGGGCCCGGGCCAGUCCCAUAUGAUGCCCGGCAGCCAUCACCAGGUCCGCCGUCCGCGCCUGGAUAUGUCAGCAGAUCGGCCUCGAAUGUGUCGGCUGGAGGAUACAAUGCUUACAACCCCAACAACCGCGACAGCCUUCCCAGGGCAGAGUCGCCACCACCGCUCCCAGGAAUCGACGAUGGCAUUCCCACCAAGGCCGUGGAGAUGGAUGCGACGGGUAGCAACCGUGGGGUGGGACAAUAUGGAAUCCGGGAUAGCGAUUCCGAUGUUGCGGGUAUGUUAGCCAUGCAGCAGGCGAGGUUAUCACCAAGGGCGAGACAUGACACGUAUGUCAGCGACGCCAGCAGAUAUAGCCAGGAUGACACCGCAUAUGUCCCACCUAGGCAAGCCUGGAAUCAGAAUCCGGUCAGGACCCCGUCACCACUUACAGCUGUUUCCACCCGGCCACCUGUUGAUCUCAGGGGCGGUCCUGGCCCUAACCUCCAACCUCCACAACAGCAGCAAGCAAACCCAGGGCUAAGACCGGCCCCUAGUGAGUACUACGAGGAUGUGGACCCUCGCUUCGCCGAGCCUGCGCCUCCCGCAGCUAGUAAUUCACCCCGGCCAAGAACACCUCCUCUGCAGCCCCUACAGUUGGCUAAUUCAUACGAGGACAUUCCCCAAGGCGCCCGCAGCCCGGCCGAAUCUGAGCGGUCUAACUUCACGUCUAUAUCGCAGCGCGGGAUCAACCCUCGGUGGCAGCCACCACCAGAGAUGCCGCAAAUGAUACCCCGGCGACCAGUUGGGAAUAACGGUCCCCGCCCUGCCGAUCUACUUCUUAAUUCCAAUCCAGACUUUGAACUACCCACGCGAGGAGGGGGUAAUCCGAGAUGAGCAGGGCGGUAACCAAUCCAAAAAGGAAGAAAGGAAGAGUUUGGGGGGGGGGAAGUGGAGGUGUUUAUGAUACCCAGAAGUUUCACAACAAUGAGUGUGAACUUUUAUACAACACAACAAACCAUCAAACCAGAGCAAAAUUCUUGCGUUUUUCUUUCGAGUUUCUGUCAACAAAGGGGCCAAAAAAAAAAAGGGAUUUGUCUUUUAUUGGACGACGAAAAAGUACAGUACUACCCUCAAACUUCGGUGGUGAACAAACCCAGUAUAUAGGAUCAUUUUCCUGUCAGUUCUCGGUUGUUUUUUUAUUUUAUAUUUCUACGUCCACCCUCGGGUGCUAUGGAUUGUUCGGUGGCAAGCUUCGCCAGACAUUUUUUCUUGUUAUAGUAUUGUUUCAUGACGGGGACAGAGAGUUUAGCAUCGCUUUCUUUCUGUUGUCACUCUCGGUGUUUUGUCAAGAGGGUUGUUUGUGUACUAUUUAUUGUAGGUUAGGUAAUCAAGAAGUCAGCGGAAAAGGAG